AUGACGACUGUUUUGCCUGGUCAACGUUUGGGUCUAGCCGCGGACACUAAUGCUUCUACUGGAACUUAUAUCAAAGAUGGCUUUGUCUAUGCAUCUGUCAUGGGAAACAAACACAUUACUCCUUCCAUUGACCCACUCAAUACAAAGCCAUCUCUUUCUGUUUUUAAAGACAAGCAAGCAAACUCUGGAGUUCCAGAGAUUGGCAGUCUGAUUAUAGGAAAAGUCACUCGUAUUAACCCUCGUUUUGCCUCUGUUAAUAUCAUGGUGAUUUCCUCUACUCCAUGUUCUGAAGUAUUUCAAGGAAUCAUUCGAGUACAGGAUGUCAGAGCAACCGAAAAGGAUAAAGUACAGAUUUACCGAUCGUUUCGACCUGGAGAUAUUGUUAGGGCCAAAGUGCUGUCAUUAGGAGAUGCACGAUCUUAUCACUUGUCAACAGCGCAGAAUGAACUGGGAGUUGUGUUUGCACAAAGUCUUGCAGGAUGCACAAUGGUGCCGAUAUCAUGGGAAGAAAUGGUAUGUCCAAAGACCAAAGUCACCGAGUAUCGCAAAUGUGCCAAACCCACAGAAUAA